AUGGAUUUCUGUGGGCACUUCUUUGACUUCUCCCAUAUUCAGAGCAUUCCCUAUCCUGGGUUUCCCAGCACCAAUGACGGGUCCCUGAGCAUCUCAGAUGCCAGGAAGAGCAACACAGGAACCUACUUUUUCCGAGUGGAGCGAGGACGCCUGCUGGGCUUCCAUGAUGGGUGGAGACCAUUCACCUUCUCUUGGACAGGGGGUCCCCUUAACAGACAGGACCCUAGCACCCUGCAGUCCUCAGUGCUCACCCUCAUAUCGAGGCCCCAUGGUACCUACAUCACCUGUCAGGUGAAACACCCAAGAUCUCAGGUGCCCACGGAGAUGAUAGUCCAGUUCCACAUGUCCAAUGAGUUGGCUCCUAAGACGUGUCCUGGAGGGACGGCCCCUGUCCAGGUCUGCGUGGCUGACAGCUACUCCACUGCCACGUUGAGCUGGGCUCCAGACGGAAAAGCCCUGAGCCCCUCUCAGUCCUCAGCAUACUAUAGCUGUCCCGCAAUAUCAGGGCCCGGAGGAAGCGACCUUUGCUGCCCCUGUUUCAGUAAGGUGGAAGAAGGCUCUGGGCCUCUGAUCCACACCCUGGUCAGAGGGGUCCUCAUGGGGGCUGGCUUCCUCCUCACCUAUGGCCUCACCUAGCUCUACUACACCAGGUGUGGAGGCCCCCAGAGUAGCAGGGCUGACUGA